CUCGCGAACAUUGAGAAACGGUGGGAGGAGAUGCCGCCGCAAGAGCAGGCGGAUCUGUGGAUGGCUCUGCGCGAUCGAAUGAAGGUGGACUGGAAAGAAAUGACGCUGCAAGAAAAGAAAGCCGCGUACUGGAUUGCAUUUGGUCCCCAUGGCCCACGCACUCCCCCACCCCCGGGUCAGGGUUGGAGAGUCUUUGUCGGUACUACUCAGGCCAUUGUAGUCUCACUUCUGAUCUUCGCUGCAACCCGCAUGUUCGCCCGGGAUCCCCCUCGCACAAUGACCAAGGAAUGGCAAGCCGCUUCAGAAGAAUAUAUGAGGGAGAAUAACAUGGAGCCUAUCUCUGGUUUCCCAGGUAUGCUCCAGCAGAGCAAGGCUAGCGGCAAGUCGCCUGAGGAGCAUGCUGCCCCUGAAGAAGAGUAAUCACUUCAUAUCUUUGUUUACAAAAGACCAAUUCAUCUUCUCCUUGCGUCAGCUUACUUGUCACAAUAUCGCGUUAUGGAAAGCUAGAAAAGCGUUUUGGUACGAGAGGGAAAGCUUCUCGUCGGACGUACAGAUGUGAGACGGGAAAAGGGACGGGACGAAGACGGGAAGUAGUGUCGUAAAUUACCUAGGCCGCUGUACAGAAAUCUAGAAAGGC